AACCUCCCCCCCCACGGCCCCCCAUCCGGGCCCUGCCCCUGCAGGCUCCUGGAGGGCCCUCCCUGAGUCACAUGUCUCUUCUGCUUUCCAGGGUGAAAGGAAAGGUGUAAACAAGUAUUACCCUCCGGAUUUCAAUCCCGAAAAGCAUGGCUCUCUCAACCGAUACCACAACAGCCACCCGCUACGGGAGCGGGCUCGGAAGCUGUCCCAAGGCAUCCUCAUUAUCAGGUUUGAGAUGCCCUAUAACAUCUGGUGCGAUGGCUGCAAGAACCACAUCGGCAUGGGUGUUCGUUACAAUGCAGAAAAGAAGAAGGUUGGCAAUUAUUACACAACGCCCAUCUACAGACAUCUGCAAGGCUCCCUCUCCUUCCUUGGGUUUCUGCUCCAACACCACCUCUCAGAGAGGCCUCUUCCAGAGCAGCACUCACCCCCCAGCACUGGUUGCUUGUGCAUUUGCUGCGAGCGUGGCCCCUGCUGGGAUGUCAGCCCCUCUAAGAGCAGGUUGACGUCCUUCACCGCCGUGUCCUCAGCAGCCGCUGCCAAGCCUGCCGCAGGGCAGCCUCGCUCGGGAGGGUUUGUUGAAUGCACGAAGGAGCAAACUCCAGACAGAAGGUCAGCUCUGGGGCGAUGGGACGGUGUGUGUCUCACCCACAGCCAUGACCCCAGACACAGAGCUUGGUUCCGGAUGAAAUGCCACCUGUGUGUCAACUACAUCGAGAUGCAGACGGACCCCGCCAACUGCGACUACGUGAUUGUGAGUGGCGCCCAGCGCAAGGAGGAGCGCUGGGACAUGGAGGACAACGAGCAGGUGCUGACGACAGAGCAUGAGAAGAAGCAGAAACUGGAGACGGACGCCAUGUUUCGCCUGGAGCACGGCGAGGCCGACCGGAGCACGCUCAAGAAGGCCCUCCCCACCCUGAGCCACAUCCAGGAGGCCCAGAGCGCCUGGAAGGAUGACUUCGCUCUCAACAGCAUGCUGCGGAAAAGGUUCCGGGAGAAGAAAAAAGCCAUGCAGGAGGAGGAGGAGAGGGACCAGGCGUUGCAGGCUAAGGCGAGCCUGGCCAUCCCGCUGGUGCCCGAGACGGAGGACGACCGCAAGCUGGCCGCCCUGCUCAAGUUCCACACCCUGGACUCCUACGAGGACAAGCAGAAACUCAAGCGGACGGAGAUCAUCAGCCGCUCCUGGUUCUCCUCCACCCCGGGACCCCGCACCGGCAGCAGCAAAGCCGGCAGCGUCCUGAAGAAGCUGGCCCAGAACCGCAGAUGCGCACCCGUCGGCUCCCCCAUCACCGUAGAGGACCUGGGCAUCGUGCGGCGGCGGUCCCGAGAGGCCUUGGAGAACCUCCGGCUCGCCGCGGAGACCCCCAAGCCUGGGGAGCCAUGGGUGCCAGAGGGGAACACCCAGGACAGGCCCGCAUCCCCCCCAGACUGCUCUCCGGAGACAGCCGAGACCCCCAGGAGCAGGGGACCUCCGGGGCAGGCGGGGAAAUGUCAGGACAGACCCCGGUCCCCACCAGGCCCCUCUCAGGAGGCAGCCACCUCCCAGGACACACCACACCCGGGCACCCUCAGCUCCUCCCUGGUGGCCGAUUACUCCGACUCAGAGAGUGAGUGAGCAGUUCUGGGCACUGGACCUGCUCCAGAGGCUGCGACCCAGCCAGGAGGCCCCUCCCGGACUGCAGCUUUGCUUGCCCCCCAGCCCUCCGAGUGCUCAGACGCUGCCCCUCCCGAGACCUCGCCUUCCUGCAGCAGUGGAGUUAUUUAUUUGGUCCUGGAGAGGGUGUUUGUGCCUUGUGGGACAACAUCCCAACAUUAAAGCCCUGCUUCUUUG